CUUCGCUCUGUUAUUAGAGACCGAAAGAGAGAGAGAGAGAGAGCGAACCAAAGUGAACCGAGCCAAUGGGGAACCACACCUCCCGCCGCGGCCACGCCGACGACAGCCAGGAGGCCGGCUCGCGGAGGCACCGGUUCCGCUCGCACUUCCGCGGAGGCAGCAGCGGUGGCGGGGGUGGCGUCGGCCGGGUCCUCCGUCGCCCCAUGGAGGACGUUCACGCCACGUACUCCUUCGGUCGCGAGCUCGGCCGCGGCCAGUUCGGCGUCACCCACCUCAUCACGAACAGGGCCAGCGGUGAGGUCCUCGCCUGCAAGUCCAUCGCCACCCGCAAGCUGACGAACCGGGACGACCUCGAGGACGUCCGCCGCGAGGUGCAGAUCAUGCACCACCUCACCGGCCACCGCAACAUCGUCGAGCUCAGGGGUGCGUUCGAGGACCGACGGUCGGUGAACCUGGUGAUGGAGCUGUGCGAGGGCGGCGAGCUCUUCGACCGCAUCAUCUCCCGGGGGCACUACUCCGAGCGGGCAGCCGCCGCCCUGUGCCGGGAGAUCGUGAACGUUGUCCACUGCUGCCACUCCAUGGGGGUGAUGCAUCGCGAUCUCAAGCCCGAGAACUUCCUCUUCUUGAACAAAAGGGAGGAUUCGCCGCUCAAAGCCACCGAUUUUGGCCUCUCCACCUUCUUCAAGCACGGAGAUGUAUUCAGGGAUGUUCUUGGUAGUGCAUAUUAUAUUGCUCCUGAAGUGCUGCGACGGAAUUAUGGGCCAGAGGCUGACAUUUGGAGUGCUGGAGUAAUCGUGUACAUCCUUCUUGCUGGUGUUCCUCCUUUUUGGGCAGAGAACGACGAGGGCAUCUUUGCUGCCAUAUUACAUGGACAUAUUGAUUUCUCAGCUGAUCCCUGGCCAACUAUAUCAUCUGGUGCUAAAGAUCUGGUGAAGAAGAUGCUAAGAACCAAUCCGAAAGAACGACUCACGGCAGCUGAAAUCCUCAAACAUCCAUGGAUAAGAGAAGAUGGGGAGGCUCCUGAUAAGCCACUUGAUCUUGCGGUUUUGACUAGAAUGAAGCAGUUUAGGGCCAUGAACAAACUAAAAAAAGUAGCCUUGAAGGUGAUAGCAGAAAGCUUGUCAGAGGAAGAAAUUAUGGGCUUGAAAGAAAUGUUCAAAUCAAUGGACACUGAUAAUAGCGGUACACUGACUGUUGAAGAACUAAAGGCUGGUCUUCCCAAAUUGGGCAAUCUGGGUAUCAAGAUUUCUGAAUCUGAAGUUAAGCAGCUGAUUGAGGCGGCUGAUGUGGAUGGAAAUGGGAGCAUUGACUAUCUGGAAUUUAUAACAGCUACUAUGCAUAUGAACAAAAUGGAAAAAGAAGAUCACCUAUUCAAGGCGUUCGAGUAUUUUGAUAAGGACAAGAGCGGAUACAUCACAAUUGAGGAAUUGGAGCAAGCUCUCACGAAAUACAACAUGGGUGAUCAACAAACAAUCAAAGAGAUAAUUGCUGAAGUUGAUAUCAAUAAUGAUGGUAGAAUCAAUUAUGAGGAGUUCGUCGCAAUGAUGAGAAAUGACAGCUCGGAGGCCAUCCACAAGCGUAAAUAGAAGUUAUCCUCCAUUGGGGUUAAUUAAACCACUACUGUCAUGAUAAGGAAAGAUGGUUUCAGAGGCAAUGUCUUCCGUUUUGUAUGACCAGAAAACAAAAUGAUGUCCUGUAUAUCUAAUACUGAUGUGUUGUAGAUCUAAAUUCUAUACUGCAACUCAAGCUCUUUUAUCUCUUUCCUUCAUUUUUUACUUGGCUCUGUUUGAGUCAGUUUUUUGUUCUUUGAGAGUAAGAUUAUAUUUGUCUAAAA